CUAGUAUAGUAGUUUAAGAGUCACUUUGAUAGGGAGUAGGAGAGUAUGACACUAAUCACAUUCCGUUGCGCCUCUUGUUCUUUGUCCUUUGAUCGUGUAUAAACUUAGAGUACGCAUUUACAUUUCGCUAGGAUUAUAUUCAUAGAAAUUGUUCUUGAAUAUUGUUUUGAGGUGUAUGUGCAAUCUACUCGAAGAAGUGUUCUUUGUGGCGCUCCUAUAGCCUUCAGAUCAUCUAUAAUACAAAGAAUUGUGGCGAAACAGCUGAUCACAACAACAACAAGAAGAAAAUGGCUGGAAGUUUAGUUGGAGAAGGAGAAGCGAGAGGUCACUUUAGUGGUCGGAUAACUGUUGCAGUCGUCAUAACAUGCAUCGUUGCUGCCUCUGGUGGCCUCAUUUUUGGCUAUGAUAUUGGCAUUUCAGGGGGAGUAACCACAAUGGUGCCAUUCUUAAAGAAGUUUUUCCCAUCUGUACUUAAGAAGUCAGGAGAUGUCAACACAAAUAUGUACUGCAUGUAUCAUAGCCAAUUGUUGACAUCCUUCACAUCUUCCCUCUACAUUGCUGGUUUAAUGGCUUCACUUGUAGCCAGCCGUAUUACCUCCAAGUUCGGGCGUAAGUUCACCAUGGUGCUUGGUGGCUGGACCUUCCUUCUUGGCUCUGUACUCAAUGGUGCUGCCCAAAAUGUUGCUAUGCUCAUCAUUGGUCGCAUUUUGUUGGGAUUUGGAGUUGGGUUUACAAAUCAGGCAACACCAGUAUACCUAUCAGAAGUAGCACCCUCAAAGUGGAGAGGAGCAUUCACAAGUGGGUUUCAGUUCUUUAUAGGCAUAGGAGUACUUCUAGCCAACUGCAUAAACUACGCUGCAGCAAGGAAACCCUGGGGUUGGCGUCUAUCCUUAGGCCUUGCAAUAGUCCCUGCACUCAUAAUGACUGUCGGAGCUCUGAUCAUCCGCGACACUCCUAGCAGUUUGGUUGAACGAGGUAAGCUCGAAGAAGCUGAGAAAUCGUUAGUGAAGGCACGAGGUGAUAAUGUAGAUGUGAAAGCUGAAUUCGAUGAGCUCGUCAGGGCUACACAGCUCGCUCAAUCAGCUAACCAAGAGCCGUUUAAGAGCAUAUUUGAAAGGAAAUAUAGGCCACAUUUAGUGAUGGCUAUGUCGAUCCCUUUCUUUCAGCAGAUAACCGGGAUUCAUGUGAUUGCGUUUUAUGCACCCGUGUUGUUUCAAUCUGUCGGGUUUGGAAGUGAUUCGGCUUUGAUUGCUGCAAUCAUUUUGGGUGCGGUUAAUAUCAGUUCGAUUAUGGUGUCUACGUUUUUGGUUGAUCGAUUUGGUCGAAGAUUCUUGUUUCUUGAAGGAGGUGUUCAAAUGUUUGUUUGUCAGAUAGCGGUGGCAGUGGUCCUAAUAGUGGCAACGGGUGUAUCAGGAACGGAGCACAUAUCGAAAGGAAACGCAGCGUUAGUAUUAGUGCUAAUGUGCAUAUACGCAGCUGGUUUCGGUUGGUCAUGGGGUCCCUUAAGUUGGCUAGUACCAAGUGAAAUCUUCCCACUAAAGAUAAGGCCAACAGGACAAAGCAUAAGUGUUGCAAUGAAUUUUGCAAUAAGUUUUACACUUUCACAAACAUUUUUGACCAUGCUUUGCCACUUCAAAUAUGGUGUGUUCUUCUUCCAUGCAGGGUGGAUCGCUAUAAUGACCAUAUUUGUAGCCCUUUUUGUUCCGGAAACCAAAGGUAUUCCUUUGGAUUCCAUGCAUAUUGUUUGGAAACAACAUUGGUAUUGGCACUCAUUUGUUAAAGAGGAGCUCUAA